AGGUCAAUCAAUCAGGCAGUCAGUCAGAGUUUCACAACUAUUUUAGUCAUAAUGCAUUCCAUCUUUCUGAAAUCAACAAAAUCUUUUAUGAUAGUUUGCGUUUGUUCGGGCAACGUCAGUGUACAUUUCAUGGUGUUAGUGCACUCAACGGGGAGGGAAUAAGCAGUAGUAUCAAGUGGAUGAUUGACAAGGUGAAAGCUAAUGCGGAACACAGACCACCCAAACAACUGGAGAUGGCAUGAUGUUUCAAUUCUUCUGUACAACAAACAGCAACAACUACUACUUGGUCUUUCUGAAAUUUGCAAAGGCAAAAAUUGUCUUUUAUGUAUUUAUUUCACACACAUUGUAACGAUUCUUACAAUAAAUAAAUAAAUCAUAAAUGCAUGAACUUUUCUGUAUAACAAAAAAAUAGAACUCUG